UUUCGAACAAUUUAAAAAAACGAUCAUAGUUUCUUCAUCAAAAUAAAAUUGUUCACAUAAAAUAAAAAUAAAAAUCAUAUCAAAAUGGAUGUGCAAAAUGAUGAUAACAUGGAAAAUAUUGGAUUAGGCUGUGCUUUAGAAAUGUUUGCAGAAGUAAAUGAAGUAUUACAAAUGAUAGAUAACCUAAAAACAAUUUAUUGUGAACCCCACAUGAUUGAAAAAGCUUAUGAUCGUUUUGUUUUUAUAUUAUACCAAUAUUUUGAACAGCCACAUUUAUUAGAUCCACAUUUGGAUAAUAUUUUAUCGAUUUUAAUUGAAAUUAUAAGAAAUCCAGACAAUGCAAUUGAGCUAAAACAUGAAACAUUUAAGUACAUGUUUGUUUUUGUUAAAGUUCGAGGAUAUAAAAUAGUUGUACGACAUUUACCUCACGAGGUUUCAGAUUUUGAACCAGUUUUAAAAAUGCUGGAAAGUUUAGAUCCAUUAGAUGCUGAAAUAUGGCGCUCAAGAUAUGUUUUAUUAAUUUGGAUGUCCAUUAUUGUAAUGCUACCAUUUCAUAUGUCACGCCUCGAUGGAUUUGAUACCCACGAACAGGAUUCUUCGGGUCGUGAGAAGAAAACAGUUAUGACCAGAGUUCUAGAUGUUUGUAAGACAUAUUCUGUUGCUUUAGACGCAUGUAGAGAUGCUGCGGUACUUUUAACAUCUAGAUUUUUAUCAAGAUCUGAUGUGAAAGACAUUCAUCUCGAACCUUUUUUUAAUUGGGCAUUCGAUACCGAAAAGAAUUCAGAAUGUGUGUUUGCAAGAUACGGAGCCUUAGCAUGUGUAGCACGAAUUUUAAAACAAAGCAAACGUGAAGAUAUAUUACCGUAUGCUCCAAGAUUAUUACAGUGGAUUUUAAGCGUGAAUUUUAAAGACAGUCCUGAUCGGAAUAUUUUAAAAUAUGGUUAUAAAGUCAUACAACGUAUAGGUCUAAUAUUCUUAAAGCCACGUGUUGCCAGUUGGCGAUAUAAACGAGGUAAUCGAUCUUUAGCAGAGAAUUUAAGCGCUGGAGAUGGAAAAAUAUUUGAUGAAAAAGUUGACAAAAACGUCGAAAGUGAUGAUGAUAUUGAAGUUCCUGAUGAAAUCGAAGAAGUCAUCGAUGAGCUUAUGGUUGGUCUAAGAAAUUUGGAUCGUGUUGUUAGGUGGUCUGCUGCCAAAGGUAUCGGACGCGUUACAGGACGAUUACCUAAAAAUCUGGCAGAUGAAGUUGUUGGAUCAGUUUUAGAAUUAUUUAGUCCACGAGAAGGGGACGGAGCAUGGCAUGGUGGUUGCUUGGCACUUGCUGAAUUAGGACGUAGAGGUUUACUUUUACCAACGCGAUUGCCUGAAGUUGUUCCGGUUGUCUUAGAAGCAUUAAAUUAUGAUGUUAUAAAAGGAUAUACAUCCGUUGGUGCGCAUAUAAGAGACGCAGCUUGUUACGUUUGUUGGUCAUUUGCUCGAGCGUAUAGUAAAGAAGAUAUUGCUCCUUUUGUAGCACAAAUUGCUAGUGGCUUGUUGAUUGUAUCAGUUUUCGAUAGAGAGAUAAAUUGUCGCAGAGCUGCAAGUGCAGCAUUCCAAGAAAAUGUUGGACGCCAAGGAUCAUUCCCACAUGGUAUCGACAUCCUAACAGUAGCUGAUUUUUUCACAGUUGGUGUACGAACUAACGCCUAUUUACAAAUCAGUGUCUACAUAGCACAAUACCCCGAAUAUACAAAACCAUUAAUUAAUCAUUUAGUGGAUAAAAAAGUGGAUCAUUGGGAUACAGUGAUACGCGAAUUAACCGGUAAAGCUUUACAUAAUUUAACACCUAAGGCUCCGGAAUAUAUGGCUACAACUGUUUUGGAAAAAUUGAUUAAUUAUACAAAAUCAAUUGAUUUAAAUGCACGGCAUGGAUCUGUGAUUGCGAUUGGAGAAAUUAUUUAUGCUUUAUCAAAGUUGAAUACAACGGAUAAUGUUGUGGAUGUAAUAGGACGUGAUAUGUUACAAAGUGUGAUAGAUUUAAUACCACGAUUUAAAGAACGAUUAUAUUUUCGUGGAUUGGGUGGAGAGUUAAUGAAACAAGCGUGUUCAGAUUUUAUUGAAAAUUGUUCGCUUGCAAAAUUACCAAUUCAUGGAUAUCCAAUAAUUGAUGAUUGGUAUAAUGUACUCGAAGAAUGUUUGUCUCAUGAGGUUCCUAGCAUUCGAGCAAAAGCCAUAUCAGCACUUCCAGCUUUAUUUAAUGAAUAUUUCCAAACUGACAUUGAAGUGGAAACACAACCCACAAUUGCUACAAUUAUGGAUAGGUAUAUACAAAAUUUAAGUUCUGAUGUUGAACUCAACAGAAUGGGUUAUGCACUUGCAUUAGGGGCUUUACCAAAUUUUAUGUUUAAAAAUCAUUUAUCAGAUGUUAUAUCAGGACUAAUUAAAUGUUCACAAAUUGAGAAAAAUUCAAGCAAAUAUGCUCAAAGUAGACGAGAUGCGCUGAAAGCAUUAACACAAAUUUGUCGAUCUCUACCCCACGAUUCAUAUAAAUCACAAAUUCAGGAUAUUUACAACUGUUUCUUUACGGGUCUAAAUGAUUAUACACAAGAUACAAGAGGCGAUGUUGGAGCCUGGGUACGUGAAGCUGCUAUGACUGGAUUACAAACAUUAACAAUUAUUUUAUGUAACACAAAUCACUUAACGGAAGCGAUUGUUACGAAAACAAUGGGUGGUGUUGCGAAACAAGCGGUUGAACGAAUAGAUAGAACGCGAGCACUUGCGGGUACUGUGUUCUCGACAUUACUUCAUUAUAAACCAGAAAUUCCACAUAUUCCAUAUCGCGAUGAAGUCCGAAAUAUAUUUCCCGAAGAAUUAUGUAAAAACAUGAAUUGGAAUUCUGAAAGUGACACAUUUCCAUUAUUUCCAAAACUCUUAGCAUAUCCAGGAUAUUCGUAUGAUGUGCUGUUUGGAUUGAUUAUAAGUGUUGGAGGACUUACGGAAGGUCUUGUUAAACAUUCAAGUGCAGCUUUAUUUAAUUACUUAAAAUCAAUUAACAAUGAACAAAAGCUCACAGAGUUAAAGCGAAUUUGCGAUGAUAUUGUUGAUAUUUUUACACAGAAUCAAUUAAAUGAUCGGGUUACAGUGCCUAUGUUUGGAUUUUUAGAUCGUUUAUUAAAUUCUGGAUGUAUUAGUGUUGUUUUGCAGGACACGUCAUCAACAUUUGCCAUGGAUAUUUUUAAUUUAUUAAAAACUGAAAUCAAUGAUUGUAAAAAUACGUAUAAAUUAAUUGAUAGCAUUAAUGUAAUGUGUCAACUAAUACAGGUACAGAGCGAUGUCUGUAACAAAGCAUUAGGGCGAUUAAGUAUAUUACUUUGUAGCCGUAAAAAAUACAUUCGUAAAACAACAGCCACACGUUUAUACGAAACAUUGAUUGUGUAUGGUGAUAGUACAAUAAUUCCAUUAGAAACACUAGAUGAUGCCAUGACAAUAUUAAGUGACACAAAUUGGGAAGAUGAUGUUGAACAAUUACGUCCAAUACGAAAUAAUUUAUGCACUUUACUUGGUAUCAAACCACCCAUAGCCAUGCGUACUAAAUAAAAAAAAAACAUAUUUUUCCUUCGUUAACAUAUUGUGAUAGUUUUUUUUUUAUUAUGCAAAUUUUAUAUAUCUAACAUUUGUGAGACUUAUAUACUUCUUAAUUAAUGCUUUAAAAAAAGAUA